GUCUGCAAUGAGUUACAUCGAUUAUGAUCACAUGACAUCUGUCAAAUUUGUGGACAAUGCUUGAGCUCCAAAAAGUCAAAAGUUUUCCAGAGGAAAUAUUUUCCUAUGUUUCUGAAAGACGAGACAAACAUAGAAUACCAUGCACCUCCUCUGACAACCAAACAGCUCGGAUUUUAAACCAAGAAAAAGAUGGAUGUAUUUUAUACACUUGGGAUGAUGUAUCGGAUGUCAGUGAGGGAGCGAUGGUCACACAUUUUGGUCUGUACAAUCCAACAACACAAAAACACCAGGUGAUACACAUGUAUAACCAACGUGUUUAUGUCGUCUCGUGCUCUAUCAACCAGGAGAGAACGCUAAUGGCUUUCACAACAAUGUCAAGGGAAGGUAGCUUAAUGACAAGCACAGACAAAAGAACUGGAAAAGAGAAAUACAGUGCCUACUUAGCAGAAUUAAAGGCUCAGAGUCCACGAGUGUUUUCUCUGAACUUGGAAAGACAGACAUUUCUGAAGGUUCAGUUCUUGUAUGAAGAUAAACCAGUAGAAAAGGAGACAUACAUGCUGGUCAUGUUACACAGAGAAUCUAUUGGUCUGUACAAGAUCCCACUGGCCAGAGUUGCAACAGGAAUGGUAAUGCGAGGUCAGCCAAAAACAGAACAGGUAGCAAAGAAGUUUUCAUGGUGUCAAUGGGACAGUCAGAAUCAACAGUUGUUUUAUAUACUGUCUCGUCGCGAUGGCAACAAUGUCAAACAACAUCUCUUGUCAUGUGUUCAGUUCUAUAAUAGUGCUGCACAUGAUCAUGUGUUGGAUGUUCCACUCAAUUUCCCAAUUCCUUCCAAAUCAUCUGGCAGGUGUUACUAUGCAGACAUACCUCUACACAAUGGAAUACCAGACACCAGUAUAAAUAUUUGUGUGUUAACACAGAAUAGUGGUACAUUCUGUGUAUGUUACCAGCAGCAUGUGUUGACGUCAGACAGAAGACCUAAGUCCUCCCCACUACCAAGAACAUCGCCCCUACAGAGAACUUCUCCUUCUCAACAUUCCUCACAUUUUCAGGCCAGUCCUACAGGGUCAGAUGGUGACAGUACAGACAUUAACUACUAUAUCUGUAUGGUGCAUCAUGCAAAGACUCUACAUGGAUGUGUGUCGAGUAUUCCACCAAAUAUUGUGAGGAAAGCAGUUCUACACUUCUCAUGGCUUGGUGAUACAGUGUUGGUGAUGUUACCUGGAUAUUUUGUACACCUACUCAAUGUCAGCAUGGAGUUUGAACCCAGCAAUCAUAUCUUUCUUCACAGUAAGACAUUUGGAGACAGCUUUUCAAAACAGUUGCAAGUGAAAGAAGAUUCUGCAGCAGACAGAGGGUCACAUGAUCAGCAGACUGACCAAUCAGCUUCAAGUAUUGCAGUUGCUUCAUGGGAAACAGAUAUGUCACUUCCUGUGAUGAGCCUUAUGGCAGAGCAUCUAGUAUUCUCAUCAAAUUCUCCUUUAGUUACAUUGGGAAAGGAAUUAUCAGGAAGUUAUAUUCUGGAAAGGACAACAGGUGCAAUGUACAGGAUACACCUGAAUAUGGCCAGCCUCAUUCAUACAUUUACACAUUGUUAUAUGCCAAUGACAAGGUCUGCUCUCCUUCAUUAUGUUAUACUUCGACAUAGAGACUUUAUUCUCCUUAAACAGCCCAGAGAUUUCAAACACCUUAAACAGUUAUUCCUGGUACUAUGUAAUGAUAUACCCAGUCCUGAAGUUCCAAAUCUGAUGACAGAAUUCUUAAUUGCUAUGACCUAUGCUGGAAUGAGACGUCAGAUUGAUAGGGAGGUGUUACGUCUGCUACCAUUUACAAAUACAGAACCAUUCCGAGGACAGAUAGAUAAGACAUGUGAUGGGGAUAGGUUAGCAAGGGUCUCGUACUCUGCCAUACACAGUGUGAAUAUUGGGACCAAGUCUGCCAAGGAGCGACAGCAGCGGAAAGGUAUUGUGGGAGAUGAUUGGCUGGAUAUGUUGCGGCGACACCUACGAUGGAUGCAACUGAGCAAGUCAAGAAGAUUCUCUCUGGAGACAGUGAAGCAGACGUACACACAGAUGCGAGCAAAGGAAGAAAAGCAUCUUCAGACAAAAGAGGAGGAAAACUUCCUGUCAGAGCUUAGAAUUCAAAAAUCAAAACCAAGACGUGAGAGGUCAGAUACGGUGGGUAACUAUGGUAACAAGACUGAAGGAAUUCUGGGUACUGCUCCACCCUUCCUACAGGGCUCAUCAGUCACAGAGGCUUCAGAAACUUUAAUGUCACUGACUAAAGAAGUACUUGCCAAGCACAUGUUGACCUAUUUACAUAAGGAUGGAAAGGUCAAGGCCAAUGCUGUUGCUAAGGAAUAUGUUAGUUGCCAGCAAACCCAGAGUAGAUUACUAUGUCAUCUGUUAUGGACGUUGCGAGGUCAACAUUUACAGGAUCCUGAAAGUACAACACCAAGAAGUUUACUGGAGAAAAGUAGUCUAGAUGAGUAUGAACUGUUUCAACUGUUUGAGAGAUACGCACUUGCUACCGGUGAACUGAUGUUUCCAGUACCCUCCGGUUUCCGGACCUACUUUACCUCCAUUGCCUUUAGAUGUCUUAAUGUCAGGUUAUUUAUGCAAUAUGUGAAUCAUGGUGUGAUACAGCUUACAGGAGAAUUCAUGGCCCAUCUUCUAUCUGAUUUACCUGAUACCAAAGAAAACGUAAGACUGAAGCAGUACCUGAUAACCAAGCUUCCUCAGGCAUCUGCAGUGGAAUGUUACAAAAUCUGGGGUCAUAGUUCAUGUCAGAGUUACCUGGCUCAUCAACAAGUGGCAGAAAUUCUAGAUAAUGGCAUGAGAGCCCGUGCAGAGUCUACGCAGUCUGAAAGUAAUAGGAGAAGUACCAUAUUCAAGGAGAAAACCAGUGAUGAUAUAGAAAAUGUAACAUUCCAACCCCUGGCAGCAUUCCUUAAACAUAUAGAUAAGAAAGAGAGUAAGAGGUCAAGACAUGAUCGAGGAAGUCCCCUGGAUUUUAUAGCUUUGGAAGAGGUAGCUCUAUAUCAUACAACACACGAAACAAACUAUGACAUGGGAACUGUCAAUUUCUAGAGCUUGACUGACACUACUGGAAUUUCUGUAUCUUGGGAGAGAGUACAAGCAUGAUGCAUGAUGCUUGAAGAUAUCCAGAAGAAGGGAAAUCUAAUUACAGUACAACCUGCAUUAGGAGACCAUCCAAGCGAAGGACAGAAAAAGGUCUCUUAAUAAAACAUGUGUUCUGCAGCAACAUAAAAAGGAACUGAAAAUGUGGUCUUUUAGUGGAAGUGGUCUCUUAAUAGAAGUGUUCUCUCAAACAAGUUUGACUAAAAAUCUUACACUUGGAAAUCUUUGUUUCCAUUGGAUGGUAGAAGCAGGGAUAUUAUUUUAUUUCUUAUUGCCAGUUUGAUGAAAAAGGUAUUCCAGAUUGAUUUCCUACAACCCAGAGGAAACAUUUUAUGCAUUUAAAACUGUGAUAUCCUACAUUACAGAGGAAAUACUUUUCUACAUGUAAAACCUUAACAGAUAACACAAGAAGACUUCAAAUGACUUAUUUUGAUUUCAAGAGUUGAGUGGGAGCUCUAACUUUAUUUUGAUGUCCAAAAUUUGUUUUUAGCCAGGUUUUCGAAGAAAAAUCUGGUUUGUAGAUUAGGUCUGUUCGGGCGGAUGGAUGGGCGCAUGGAUUGAAUAAUGAGUCUCAUGUUAAGCUUUUGGUUCAUUCAAUAUCUGGACAAGUAUUUCACCUAGGACCUUGAAACUUCACAGGUAUGUUGGUCUUGAUGUGUACAUGACCCCUAUUGAUUUCAAGGUCACUGAGUGAAAGAUCAAGGUCACAGUGACCUGAACAUUUGAAAAUGGUUUCUGCAUGAUAUCUGGACAAGUAUUUCACUUAGGACCUUGAAACAUCAUAGUUAUGUUGGUCUUAAUGUGUACAUGGACCCUAUUGACUUCAUGGUCACUGGGUCAAAGGUCAAGGUCAGAGGGACCUGAACAUGUUAACCAUUUUGUUCACUCAAUAUCUGGACAAGUAUUUCACCCAGGACCUUAAAACUUCAUAAGUAUGUUGGUCUUGAUGUGUACAUGACCCAUAUUGAUUUCAGGGUCACCAGGUCAAAGGUCAAGGUCACAGGGACCUGAGCAUUGAAAAUGGCUUCUGCUCAAUAUCUGGACAAGUAUUUCACCUAGGACCUUGAAACUUCAUAGGUAUGUUGAUCUUGAUGUAUAUAUGACCCCAAUUGAUUUCAGGGUCACUGGGUCAAAGGUCAAGGUCACAGGGACCUGAACAUGUUAACCAUUUUGUUCAAUCAAUAUCUGGACAAGUUUUUCACCUAGGACCUUGAAACUUCACAGGUAUGUUGGUCUUGAUGUGUACAUGACCCCUAUUGAUUCUGAGGUCUCUGGAUCAAAGGUCAAGGUCACAGGGACCUGAACAUUGAAAAUGGUUUCCUCUCAAUAUCUUGACAAGUAUUUCACCUAGGAACUUCAUAGGUUUAAUGGUCUUGAUGUGUACCUGACCCCCAUUGAUUUCAGGGUCAAAGGUCAAGGUCACAGGGAUAUAAACAUUGAAAAUAUUGUUAUUUUUUACUUUUAUUUUUUUACACCAAUUUCUUUAGUUUCAUUUUCUACCUGUCCAUUUCUUUUUUCCCUUUUUCCUUCAGUAUUGUUUAUUAAUUUGGGGGUUAUUUAUUGUAUGCCAUUAUUAGAACUUUAACUCAUUAUGACCUAAUUCGGAAAACCCGGCCAAGACGCCGUCAGACUUUAGCUGCUUGUCUCAUACAGGUUAUUGUUUUGGAGCUUAGAUAAUUGGUAAAAUAGAAAGUCAUACCAUCUAUUUGUUGAGCACUGAUAUUUCAGUUGAUAGUUUACUGCUGCAUUCAUUGAGAAUCAUUGGUUUAAAUUUAUUAUUCCAGUCCUUUUAAGAAGCUGUGAUGGUUUCUUAUGAAAACAUGUAAAAAUGUUUUAUUUUUUGUUGUAAUCAGGGUUUCAUCAACAAUGUAAGCAGAGCAUAAUAUAUUAUUAUUCAAUUUUAUCAUAUGUUUGUCAGAGCUAUGUUGUAUAUAUAAACUAAGUAUGUGCAAUAUUAUCCAAUUGAAGACUUUGUUUCUAUUUUUGAAAUAAUAAUGAAUGAGAA